UCAUAUUAUAGAUGCACCAGAAUCAGAAACCAUUGGUAUGAUUUAGUUCAGAAAAAGUGGUUACCGCAGUGAGACGGAAAGACAAGCAGCUCAACCACCAAGAUUAAAAAUAAAUGCUCUUAUCUUCGACGGAAUGGGAACUUUAUCUUUAAAGGAUUACGAUGAGGUGAGAAUACCCGCACCCUGGGGCCACAUAUCGGGUCGGUGGUAUGGAAACCGGACGGAACGGCCCAUCCUGGCACUCCAUGGCUGGCUCGACAACUCUGGCACCUUCGACCGGCUGAUUCCCCUGCUGCCCGACUACAUCGGAGUGCUCUGCAUCGACCUGCCGGGCCAUGGCAGAUCUUCGCACCUGCCGCCGGGAGUGCAGUACAGUAUUAACGACUACGUCUACAUCAUUCCCAGAGUAAUGAGGGAGUACAAUUGGAAGAAGGUCUCCCUAAUGGGCCACUCCUUGGGCGGAGUGCUGAGUUUCAUUUACGGAGCACUAGCCCCACACACCAUCGACAUGAUCAUUUCGUUGGACAUCUUGAUUCCACUGCGCGUGGAUAUAGAUUACAUGGGUAAGAGCUUGGAGAAGCUUCUGGUGGAGGCUGAGCGUCAGGAUCAGGGAAACCUACACGAACCACCGUCGUACACCUUUGCUCAGCUGGCGAACCUUCUCGCCAAAGGCAGCCACAACUCUGUGACCCCUGAAUUCGCCCCGAACCUGCUACAUAGGCAGGUGAUCAAGUCGCAACUGUAUCCCGAGAGGUACUACUUCUCGCGGGACGGAAGAGUCAAGCACUACCACUACAUCGACAUCGACCCAGGACUCGCUGUGGAAAUGGCCAGGCAGCUCCGAAAAAAGCCCUUCCUCAUCAUCAAGGGCGGCCUGUCGCCGUAUCUUCCCCCUCGGGUCCCUGCUGAGGGACCAAUAUCUAUAUUGGCGGAGAACAAUCCCCACUUCGAGUUCCACAGCAUAGAGGGUGGCACCCACCACAUGCACCUGCACGCCGCCGAGGAGUGUGCCCGGCACAUAGUGCCCUUCAUCCAGCAUCAUCGGCCUCCGCCCCUCACUUCCUGGUCACUGAGCGGAAGAGAAGAGGUCCGGAGCCACAAAGUGCAAAGUCGGAGAAACGGCUUCUUCGGCUGGGGCAAUAAGAAGCGCAGUAAGCUAUGAAGCUAGUGGUUCAUAGUCCGAUUACUGGCUGGUCGACCAAGGUUCCGCCUUAUCUGGAGAUUAUUGUACUAUAGAAGUUGACCUGCGCUAAUCGCCGAACGAGGAGACGAUUUUACCAUCACCUCCGCUGGAAAAGACAGUAUAGAUUAGAAAAAAAAUACUAUUUCAUUUAGAAUUAAGUUUUAAGUAACGCAUAAAACAUACGCUAACUGAAAUAUCAA